AUGUUCAACUCGUACUAUCCAGACCCAUACGGCUACUCUGCCUAUCGGCCCUCCGAUAACGCCUACCUGCGCGCCCUAGCUGAGGAGCGCGCUGCCCAACAGCAAUACGAAGCCGCCCGCCGCGCCGAACAAGAGGCCCGUGAGCGUGCUGCGCGUGCUCGCCUCGCCCAGGAACGGCUUGGCCAGCUCGGUCACGGCCACGGUCAGCAAUGGAGCGCCUACCUUGACGAUGACGAAGACGAUGGCUACGGCUACGGCAGCGGUUACACCCCUAACCCCUACACAUCGUUCGGCUACAGCCCGCGAGAGCGCGCAUACCUGGAGGAGCAAAGGAGGAGGCAGGAGAUGUUGGAGAGAUUGGAGCGUGAGCGGGAGAGGGAACGCGAGCGGCUACUGCAAGAGCAAAGGUUGCAGGAGCAACAGCGUGAACUUGAACGCCUUCGUCGUCUAGAGCAAGAGACCCUCCUCCGUCAACGCCAACAGGCUGAGCGCGAAGAAGCCGAGCGCCGUCGCAGGAGACAGAGCGAGCGCUUCACGCAACCCACGGACCCUCUGGAUGCGUUCUAUCGCAGCCUUGGCAUCCCCGUCCCCCAACGUUUCGAUGCCACUGAUGUAGACGAUACGGUAAGCAACCAUGCCUAUCCAUCAGUCAAAUCGCUGUUAUUGACGUUCGUCUCCUCCCAGUUCGCCCGUGGACGACGUCAACCACCGCUUUCGUCGCGCGCUCGUACACAGUCACCCGGUCAUACGCGAGCGCGUUCAAUGGCUCCUCCCAGCCCGAAGCAAACCCCUCAUCCUGCCCAUUCUACCAAGCAGGCCGAAGCCCCUCGUGCGGCGGAACCCGCUCGGUCGCCGAAGCCCUCGUCACCACAGUGGACCCCAGAACAGCACGCCGCUGCCAGCAAAAUACAGACCUUCUAUCGCACCAACCUCCCGCGACGGAAAGCUCUCGCGUCCAUCGCAUCCGUCGGCGAGCGCUUCGACAAGCUCAAGUCCGAGUUCUCCUUCCCCGCCACCGUCGACUUCAUCCUCGAUGGCGAAACCGUUCACGUCACUCCGCCCCCUACGCCUAGCCUCUCUUCUGAUACCGUCGAUAGCGGCGAGACGGAGACGGAGAACACGCCCCGGCUCGCGUAUACCCACAACAACACUCCUCUUCACGCGUACGCGGAGCAGCUUAACCGACUGCUUAUCUCGCUUGAUACGGUGGAGAGCGGCGGCGAUAAGGCUGUGAGGGAGAGGCGAAAGGAGAUGGUGCGGAAGGUUGAGGCGGAGGCGGAGAACUUGGAUCGGUGGCGGAAGCAGGUGUGGAAGGCGUAUCUGCGUGCGCAGAGCAGCGCCGAAGCAGAUGUUCCCAUGCAAACGGAGUCCGCAACUGCAGCUCCUGUCGAGCCAUGCGUGCCUGCUACCGAGGAGGCGGGCGUGAUGCAGACGGACUCUAGUCAGCAAGUCGACGCCGCGGAGUCAGCAACGUCAGCCGCGGCCAAGUACGACACAUCCACCGUGCAAACGGAGUUGCUUAAUACCGAUGCGCCAGCGGACGCCUACGAGCCUACUUCACCCAUGAUCGAAGACGUUCCCGAACCAGGCUCGACAGUCGCUUCGGUGCCUUCCGCGACCUUGGCGCCUGCAGUUCCCUCGACCCCUACAGAACCCGCUGCCGCUGACCACGACACCAGCGCGUUGGUCAUUCCGAGCACCGUUGAUGAAGAUCUUUUCUCGGCUGCGCGCUCGUCACAAGAGCCUGUACCUCCCACAGGUGAAAUGGAGGGCACAUCAAGCCAGAGCGAAGCGUAUACGGUCGCUGCGGAGGACGUGACGGUUGAUCAGCCACAAGCGGUGGCAGAGGAGGAGGAGAGGGAUGCCGAUAUGGCUGUUGAGAGCGAGUCGGCGACGCAGGACCCGCGAGAGAAGGAUCAGAGGCAGGAUGCUGUGGAGGAGACGAAUGCGGAGAAUGCGAAGCUCCCGGAGCCGAAGGAUGACGAGAAGAUGGAGGUUGAGAGCACUGAAUCGGAAUCCAGCGCUCAUGAGGAACCGAGAACGCCCACCGAUGCGGAACGCCGGCCAGAAAAUCAUCUUGCUGAAGACGCGAAGGCGGGGCAGCAACAAUUUGGGGAUGCGGAAGUCGUUGUUGUAUGA